CGUUAACUUAACACAACUAAAAGGGGGGAGCGAAGCCAGCGCCGACCGGGCUGUAAAGUGCAACAAAAUGAGAGCUGUGGACUAACUUUUAGCCUUUUUUCUGUAUAUAUUAUUAAAAUACAUUGCUGUAAGCCUUUAUCUUGUCAUUUUUCUGCCCGGGAAAGCAGCAGCGGGCCGUACUGACCGCCGUCGGGCCUCGUCGUCGUGGCUCCGCACGGACUCGAGUGAAGUUAGGAGCCCGAAAACUUCUGCUUCCUCCGGCGGCUCUCCGCGGGGCCCGGGGCUCCUGUCACCGGCCCUGUGGAUGAGGGAGUGACCGCACGCCCAACCAACCACCAGGAGAAAGGGAUCCCUUUGAUGGGAGAAUCCUCUUUCCUGGCCUCCUGGGUCAAUCGCCGUGCCAUGAUGAUGGAUGAGCAGGAGGCGCUGAACUCGAUCAUGCAGGACCUGGCCGAACUGCACCGCUCCAGCCGUCCUGCCACGUUCCUGACAGACCUGGGCAAACCCAAAGCCUCCUCGCCCAAGAACCAGAACGAUGUCAGAGUGAAGUUCGAGUUCAAAGGGGAGAAGAGGAUCUUGCAGUUCCCUCGACCGGUCAAGCUGGACGACCUGAAGGCGAAAGCAAAAGUGGCUUUUGGUCAGACGAUGGACCUUCACUACACCAACAAUGAGUUGGUGAUUCCACUGACCACUCAGGAUGACCUGGACAAGGCCGUGGAGCUGCUGGAUCGCAGCGUUCACAUGAAGAGCCUGAAGAUCCUCCUGGUGCUCCAGUUCUCCUCUCAGAACUCUUCCUCCAAUAUGGACCUCCUGCCGUCCCACGAGGAGCUGGACAACACGGGGUUCAGGGUCGCAGACAAGAAGAGUAUGCUGGCUUUGAUAGGCUCCCAUUCGACAGACCGCAGCUCGCCUCCUCCAGGAUAUAUUCCCGACGCGCUCCAGCAGGUGGCGAGGAAUGGCUCCUUCACCAGCAUCAACAGCGAGGGAGAGUUCAUUCCAGAGAGCAUGGACCAGAUGCUGGACCCGCUGUCCAUGAGCAGUCCAGAAAACUCAGCGUCUGGAAGUUGUCCCUCUUUAGACAGCCCACUGGACAGUGACUACCCGAAGUCCAGGAUGCCCCGAGCACAGAGCUACCCAGACAACCACCAGGACUUCCCAGAGUACGACAUCCCAGUUUUUGAGAAGUCGGGUAAAGGUGGAACGUACCCUCGGCGAUACGGCAUUCCCUUCGGCCUUCAGGAUUACAGUGAUGGGAGGAAGACCUUUCCUCGGGCUCGGCGAACGCAGGUCCAGGGCUUCCGCUCGCCGGUCAGCUUCAGCCCGACCGAGCAGUCGCCCAGCACCAGCAGCGGAAGCAGCGUUUUCACCCCAGACCUGGAGGAGGCCCCGGGGCCCGCCAGGAGGCCGCGGAGGGGCAGCGACAUCGAACCCAAUCCCAACCCAACUCCCACCCUGUCUGUCAUGGACAUCAGCCCCCCCAGCCGCU